AAGACAAACGUACCUUGCAUGACAACCUUUAUUAGGCUAGAUCACGGGCGUAACGCCUUUACUGUGGAUUCAAACGUCCGGGGUCGGGAUAUUGUAAUGACAAUAACGUAGCCCUUCGAAUGUCAUUUGAACCGACGUUGACAGUGAUCCGUAUCUGGCCUUCCCACACAAGCAACAAAUGGGGCACCCAUGGUUUCUCGUGUGUCAUGACCUAGGUGCGGUAUCGGGGUUUUCGGAAUGACUAGGACCUCGGGAUGGGUUACGGGAAUAACGCUCGUGUAUAUAUGUAUUAACAAGAAGCUUCAGUGUUGUUGUUACGAGUUGAAGAUUAUGCCUCCUCUACCGUCUCGAGCAUCAUUUCCUGGACUUCAUUUGCUUCCAUUACUUCUUAGAUCUGGCCAAAGUCAUAAACAGAUCGUCGAAAAUGGUUCAGAUGAUUCAGAUAUCCCGGAGGGGACCACAACCCCCUAGCUCCUCAUUACCGACCGGCGAGCUUAUUCAGCGUCUGAAUUUAGCUUAUGAUUGGAGUGGCCCGGACGACCCAGACAAUCCGCGCAAUUUUUCUCUGUUCACGCGUGUCUACUGCACAGUCGCUGUUUCGUUGCUAGCAUUUGCGAGCGCGUUUGCUGGAGCCGUCUACGCGCCUGCCCAGGAACAGGUGAUGGAAUUGUUCCAAUGUAGCCAAGAGGUCGCCGUUCUACCUCUGUCCCUGUAUAACCUAGGACUGGCGUUCGGACCGCUCAUUGGUGCGCCUCUUUCCGAAAAAUAUGGAAGGAAGGCUGUCUUCGUUGUGUCUACGCCGAUAUUCAUUCUGUUCAUGGUGGGUGCUGGGUUUACAAAUAGGAUGACGGAUCUGGUUGUCUGCCGGUUCUUCGCGGGCAUGUUCGCAUCCCCGAAUAUCAACAAUGCUUCGGCUACCCUUUUGGAUUAUACGACAGAUCGGUACCGCGGGAUCACCCUUGGGAUAUAUUAUUCGCUGCCUUCGUUCGCCGCAACCUUGGCACCGUUGGUGGGAGGGUUCAUUGUGCGGACGAAGGACUGGCGCUGGACGCAAUGGGCGGCUAUCAUAAUGGCAACGGCAACAUACCUUCCCGUUUUGCUCACUAGAGAGACCUACAAAAAGGUCAUCAUACAACGUCGUGCUAUUAGGUUAGGUAUAUCCGAUACCUCGUCACAAAGAACAUCGUUCGCUCGGGCGUUCAGGCACUUUUUCACGGUUCUUAUCCAGCGACCAAUCCACAUGCUUGCCACGGAACCGAUCGUAACCUUUGUCAGUUUAUACAAUGGCCUUAUUUUCGGCCUCCUGUAUUGUUUUGUAAUAGCUGUGCCAUGGCUGGCAAGGGAAUAUUACCAUUUCGAUAAAAUAGGCGAGUCAUUGUCCUACCUCGGAGUAACACUCGGAACCUUGACUGCAUGCUGUCCAUUUGUUCUUGCGGAUAUUUUCUUUUAUCAGAGACGGCUUGGAUCAUGGCAACAAACCCACGAACCGGACGAAAAGUUGCCACCAGAGUAUCGUCUUGCACCGGCCAUGGCAGGUAGCGUUUUAUUGCCCAUCAGCUUAUUGAUCGCAGGCUGGACAGCAGAAUAUAGAAUUCACUGGUUUGUGCCUAUCUUUUUCCAGGGCAUGACCAUGCUGAGUUCGUUGCUUGUGUAUGCGGGUGCCACGAUGUUUAUGCUGGAUGCCUAUGGUCCGCUUUAUGGGGCAUCAGCCGCAGGUGCAAUGAUGCUUACCAGAUACACUUUGAGUACUGUGUUUCCAUUAUUCACGUUGCAGAUGUUUCGAGCACUCGGCGCCGGGUGGGCAACAUCUAUAUUGACUCUCAUGAGCCUUUUGAUGGCCCCUAUACCGUGGUGCUUUUGGACUUUCGGCGAACGAAUUAGGGCAAGAAGCAAGUAUGAGACAAGUGCCUAGUUUAGAAUAUAUCAGAAGCUGUCGAAUUAUUCUCUAGGGUUCUUUUGUGAAUCCAGAAAAACGCAUUCCCCCUACUUCUAGGUAAUCUUUCGUAAAGUGCCAAGUUUCUGUGAGUUCAAAGAAGUUAAAAAGUUACUUAC